GUUCUGACCUGACAGUUCGCAAUUGUCAUUUUUUGUUUGUGUGCAUUUUCAUAUUUAUAUUUUUGAACACAAUUUCACAAUUUUAAGUAAAGAAUUUUUCAAAAAUGGCUCCAAAGUUCAAAUUUUCCGAAGGUGAAAAAGUACUUUGUUUCCAUGGCCCUUUAAUCUAUGAAGCCAAAUGCUUGAAGAGUUCUCUUACGAAGGAAAAGCAAAUAAAAUAUUUGAUACACUAUGCAGGCUGGAAUAAAAAUUGGGACGAGUGGGUUCCAGAAAGCAGGGUUUUGAAAUACAAUGAGACAAAUGUGCAAAAACAAAAAGAAGUUCAAAAGGCACAUUCUUCACAAUCCGCUAAGGCAAAAAAAUCUGCAAAACUUAAGAAAGCUGACACUUCCCUAACUAAGGAGAAAGAGGAAAAAGAAGGAACAUCUAGAUCUUCAACACCAAGUCAAGAUGGAACCAGUGUCACACCAGCUUCACGGACUAAAAAACUGGCUACACCUUUAUCCCAAGACUCAGUCGAUGUUUCAAAGCGGAAACGAAGCAGAGUUGAUACCGGGGUUGAAUCAGAAGAGCAGUUUAUGGCAAAAGUUGAAAUCAAAAUAAAAAUACCAGAUGAGUUACAACCUUGGUUAGUCGAUGAUUGGGAUGCAAUUUGUCGGCAAAGAAAACUGCUUGCAUUGCCAGCAAGGAAUACAGUUUCUCAAAUCAUUGAUGACUACAUCCAACAAAAACAAAGCAGCAAAUCUCACAACUCUAAUAAAGAAUCCGCUCUUGUAGAAGUAGCAAGAGGAAUUUUAGAAUAUUUUAAUGUUUUAUUAGGUUCCCAAUUACUAUAUAAAUUUGAAAGACCACAAUAUGCAGAAAUUUUACAAAAUCAUCCCAAUACAAAGAUGUCUGAGAUAUAUGGUUCUAUACAUCUUUUGAGAUUAUUUGUUCGUUUGGGAUCAUUGCUAGCUUUUACUCAAUUAGAUGAAAAAUCAGUAGCAACUUUAAUGGUUCAUAUACAAGACUUUUUAAAAUAUUUAGUGAAAAACAGUUCAACAUUAUUUAAUAUGCAAGAUUUUGUCAAUGCCAGUCCUGACUAUCAUCGAAAAAUAUAG